CUGAGGGAAGGAAUCGAUGGAUCAUCGGAUUUGGAACGGACGAACCCAUUCUUGUAUCACCAUGGCAAUCUGGCACUACUCAGCCCCGCCAUCACCGACCACCGCCAAACCACCAACCAUCAUCGUCCACCGCCGCAACGAGACAUCACCGCACUCAUCCCCGCCGCCGACCACGCGAACGAGAUACACCCAUUGAACGCUUGAGCGUUGGCUUCGGUGGAUGGGAGGGAGAACAACCUGCUGCCUAUAAGACCUUAGCUCUGUGUGCUUGCACUACCGAAUUCGCGCUUCUCGAUCAUGGCCACUCGGACGCCUCCAGUGGCCCCCGAACGGUACGAAUCCGAGCAUGUCCACGAGGUCUAUCAACACAUAGCCUCGCACUUUUCGGCAACGCGCUUCAAGCCGUGGCCAAUUGUCGAGCGGUUUCUCCGCGAGCUGCCCACUGCUUCGAUCGGAUUAGAUGUGGGCUGCGGAAAUGGAAAAUACCUUACCGUCAAUCCCAACGUGUUUAUGAUUGGAUCGGACAGAUCGUCGAACCUCGUGCGGAUAGCGCACGACCGCAAAAUCCACGAGGCGUUCAUGGCGGAUGCACUCGACCUUCCGCACCCGGCGGGGCGCUUCGACUUCGCGAUUAGCAUUGCCGUGAUCCACCACUUCUCGUCCACGGAGCGACGGGUGGCUUCGAUCAAGAGUAUUCUUGGCACGCUCCGACGAAGCACCACUCCCGGCGACGGCGGAAGGGCUUUGAUAUAUGUUUGGGCGCUCGAGCAGAAGAACUCGCGGCGCGGAUGGGACAAGGGGCAUAGUCAGGAUGUGUUCGUGCCUUGGGUCCUGUCGAAGCAGUAUGUUGGUUCUGGUGCUGCUGCUGGUGCUGGGAACAACCCAACAGCGGAGGGACCCGGAACCUCGCCAGUCAAUGGCGAUCAGGUCCGCAGCGAGGGUCUCGCAGCACCAGCAGCAGCACCACCACCAAACGAGACGACGACUACCUAUCAACGUUACUACCACCUUUACCGCCAAGGUGAGCUGGAGGCGGACGUGGUUGGUGCUGGUGGAUAUGUGAUUGAGUCGGGCUAUGAGAAGGAUAAUUGGUGGGCCAUCUGCGGGAUCCUUGGAUGA